GAGCCAUCAUCGCCUUUUGGUUUUUUGCUCGUCGUCGUGCAUCUUCAGCUUCUUGACAACUCCUCUGAAAUCUAGUCAUGGCCGCCUUUCUGCGUCAAGCCCUGGCUGGUGGUCGGCAGCUGUCCAUGUUGGCAGCUCGGCCUAGCUCGGUUGUGAUGAGCCCCGCAGUGCAGCUGGCUGCCCGCCGCUUCAAGCCCUCGUUCGUGGGCGAGGACGGCUGGGUCCAGGUGGAGGAGACCCUUGCCGGCCCUCCCUAUCAGAACGUUGUGCUGGAUGGCCGUCACGAAACCUUGGUGGACGAGCCCAUGACCUUUCCUGAUGGCCAGGACACCGGCAUGAACCCCUAUCAGUUUCUUGUUGCCAGCCUCGGUGCUUGCACCUCGGUCACCGUCCGUCUCUACGCCAACCGAAACAACAUUCCUCUGGAGCGCAUUCGCGUCUUCACAAAGCACGACCGUAUUUAUGCCAAGGACUGCGAGACCUGCACCACCAAGACCGGCAAGGUCGACAAAAUUUUUGUCAAGGUCCAGCUCGAGGGCGACUUGACGGCAGAUCAGCGCAACAAGUUGAUGCAAAUUGCCAACUUUUGCCCCGUUCACAAGACGUUGACCACGGAGACCAUCGUCGACGUUGCUGCCAUGGAGUAGUGCCUGGCAUCUGGGCAACCCUGUCGCGUCUAGUGCUCUCUGAAAAAUUAAUCGAUAUUCACAGGCUC